CACUUUGUGACCUACCUCAUCUUCACCACUGUCCGACAUGAGGAGUAGGGUAUCUCAGAACUAGACGCUAUCUUAAUCUUACUCUUACGUACCCAUUGCCAAACUACUAUGAGCAACACCGGUCUUGUCGCAUGGGGCGUUCCCCGGCUAGCGGAGCUUCUUCCGUUGGACCAGGAAUCGCUCACCCAGAUCAUCGACUACGCCGCCAGCCUCUCCAAGGAAGAAGGAGCCAACCACCUCAAGAACCUCUUGGGUGACUCGCCCGCCGCAUUCGAAUUCAUCGCUGCCUUCAGCUCCCGCCGUUCGGCCCCGCCGCCGCAGCGCUCCGCCGCAUCCUCACCAGCACCGACAUCCGCUCCCGCCCCCUCAAGCACAUCGUCCGCACCUCCCAGAAACACCAGCAGCAGUUCAGGCCGAAAAGGCAAGAAGUCAAAGCCACCGCUCCACAGCGCUGGCCCUGUGCGCCGGCCCGAGAACUUCGGCGACGUGACCGGCGGAUACAGAAAGGAGGAUCAAAUUGAGGAUUACAUGCCUGUCUCCAUGUCAGGCCGGGGUCGACCGGAUGCGAAGCCAUCUCUCGGUCUACGAAAUCUACCGGUCACAACUUCUCAAGGAUCAUCCGCUACCUCAUCGCGCAACCAGUCGCCCGCCCCUCCCCGGCCUACAUCCACCACCACCACCACCACCAGCAAGAACAACAAAGCCCCACCUUCAGCCGCGGGACCCGUCAUCUCGGAUCUCCUACCUAACGUGAAGUCGAAAGCUGCCAAGUCAACGGCGCGUGGCGCCGCAAAUGCAGGCGGAGGAGGCUCGUCCUCCUCGUCAUCGGCCAAGGGCGGCGGCGCCCUGACGACAACGAACAUCACCGAUCUGACAGCCGCGAUCGCCGCGCUGGAGGUGUCCACAAACCCGACGCUGGGCCCGGGGGCCCGGAAAUGUACGUGCUACGCCAGCAUCCACCCGCUCUUCGACCCGGCGCCGAACUGUCUGAACUGCGGGAAGAUCAUCUGCGCGCUGGAGGGGCUGCAGCCGUGCUCGUUCUGCGGGACGCCGCUGCUGUCGAGCGACGAGGUGCAGAGCAUGAUCCGGGAGCUGCGCGCGGAACGGGGCCAGGAGAAGAUGCGGGCCCACAAUGAGAGCGUCCAGCACCGGGACGGGGGACCGGGGCUGGGACCAGGAAGUAACAGUACCAGCAAUAAUAAGCUGGAUGCGGCCCGCGCGCAUCGCGAUAAGCUGCUACAGUUCCAGGCGCAGAACGCCAAGCGCACGCGGGUGGUGGACGAGGCGGCGGACUUUGAGACCCCCAAUGUCGCGUCGACGCUGUGGAUGACCCCCGCGCAGCGGGCGCUGGCCCUGAAAAAGCAGCAGCGCAUCAUGCGGGAGAUGGAGGAGAAGGCCCGGCCGGAGUGGGAGAAGAAGAAGACCAUCAUGAGCUUGGAUAUCAAGGGUGGUCGAGUGACGCGGGUGUAUCAGUCCGCCGCGGAAGCGACCGGGUCGGCGAAGGCCGCGGAGGAGGGGGAGGACGAAGAUGACAAUGAGGCCAAGGCUGCGCAGCGAGAUGAGGCCGAUCGUGCGAACAGCGGUGGCCACGCGUUUAGCAACAAUCCGCUCCUGGCGGCUGGCGGGCUGCUCCGGCCGGUGUGGAAAACGGCCGACGGUAAGCAGCCCGAGACGGCGCGCAAGGAGCGCCAGCCAACCUGGCGGCGGGUGCAGGAUGACAACGACGAUAACGAGCAGUGGAUUCUAGAUGGCGGGGCGCAUGGGUAUACAUGAUCCUAUGGAGGCGCAAAGAUUCUGGCGUCACCGUGCAGUUCCUCCCUCUCUCCCUGCGUUCAGGAGUGAGUGUGUUGGCUUGUACAUACUCAACAUUCUCCUUGCAUAGUAUCUACGUGUGUUCUCGCUGGUUGUAUACACCACAGCAAAAACCACACUACGUAUCUCUCAAGCUAGCGAGCCAUCGUAUCCUUCGGUGGGGCACAAUGAAAGCCAG